AUGAACUACAGCAGAAAUGGCCGCCAUUAGGUCACCAUUAUGAACAUAGUGGCAAUGCCACUCUCCAAAUAAUCCCACCAAUUUUUCCAACCUUGAACAAUUAAUCCGAUAUAUAUAUGCCUUGUUUCUAUUAUAAAUAGAAGCAACUAAACCUCUCAAUAACCACCAACAUCUUACCAUUUCAUCUCUGUCUCUCUCGCAAUGGAUCACAACCCUAAUCUCGUCUGCAUAAUAAUUUUGAUGAUCUUGUUGGGUCAUCGCCUGAUCCAUGCUAGACCCGCAGAUGGGUACGACAAAGGAGAUAAGGGGCCUCUGAGGUUCGAUUACUACGACAAAUCAUGUCCGAAUUUGGGGAUGAUAGUUAGAUGGGGCGUUUGGGCAGCAUUCAAGAAUGACACCAGAAUAGCUGCUUCUCUCCUUCGACUGCACUUCCAUGAUUGCUUCGUUGAUGGAUGUGAAGGGUCUGUGCUUCUUGAUGACACAAAAGAUUUCAAGGGAGAGAAGAAUGCUUUCCCUAACCGCAAUUCGGCAAGAGGGUUUGAAGUCAUCGACGCCAUAAAGGCAGAUGUCGAAAAAUCUUGCCCUUCCAUUGUGUCGUGUGUCGAUAUCUUAGCUAUUGCAGCUAGAGAAGCAGUUGUUUUGUCAGGAGGCCCAUUUUGGCCUGUUGGUUUAGGGAGGCUAGAUGGGCUGAGUGCAAGUGAGAAAUCAGCAAAUGAGCAGUUGCCCUCACCAUUUGAGCCUCUUGAUAACAUCACUGCCAAAUUUGUUGCAAAGGGUCUUGAUGCCAAGGACAUGGUAGUUCUUUCGGGUGGCCACACAAUUGGAUUUGCUCAAUGCGCGACAUUCAAGAGGAGGCUGUUCAACUUCAAAGGCUCCGGCAAAGCAGAUCCAUCUCUGGACACUCCAUUCCUGUCGAAUCUGCAGACAUCAUGCCCCAAUUCCGACGCCUCCAACGCCAAACUCAUCCCUCUGGACGCCCAAACCAUAGCCAGAUUCGACAACGCUUAUUACAACAACAUUGUCAACAACUCCGGCCUCCUCGAAUCCGACCAAGCACUCAUCACAGACCCUAAAACUGCGGCCAUGGUGAAGGCCUACGGCGCUGAUCCUUUCCUCUUUGCCAAGGAUUUCGCCGCCUCCAUGAUGAAGCUCGGAAACAUCGGUGUUCUAACUGGACAGGCUGCCCAUGGCCAAGUCAGGAAUAAAUGUGGCUUCAUCAACUAGUUUUCAAUAUAUGUAAUAAGUGGGAUGCAUGCAUGUGUUUCUGUAAUCAAAUAAUCACGACUUUGUGUUUUAUUUGCUAUAUAUGUUAGAAGAGAUAUGUGCAGAAAUGGGAUAAUGCAUGCUUUGUGUUAA